CUCCCCGCCAAAUCACAUCAACAACCACCCUCGUCUCAAUCCAUGGAGCCCAAGGAGGAGCUUCCACUUACGGAGGUUGAGAGCGGAGAUUCAUCGACGGAGGAGGCGGAGUUGGAGUCCCCUAGGUCGGUGGUGUUACAGAUGAAGAAGAAACUAGACAGAGUACUUCAUAGUCAGGUUUUGAGAAUUAGACAGGAAGAUUCGCAUCUCGGCCAAGAUUUCAUCGCUGCCGGCGAUAAAGCGAUUAAUAAGAACCAAGUUGUUUUUGGAGGAGACGUCACUGGUGGCGGUGGUGGAGUUUUUACUGAAAACACACGACGCAGUCUCAACCUGGUUCUUGUUUCGAAGCCGAUCUUGCCUUCCUCCCCUCUCAGCGGCAAGAACAGCGUUAAAAAGGCCUUGUAAUGAAGCAACCUAAAUCAAUCACGCUGUCAAGGUUUCAUUUCUUCUUGGUUUAUCUUUUAAACGUUCUUUUCUUUUCUUUUUACUUUUACUUUUUCUUUUUCUUGAGCUGUUUGGUUGCUGAGAAAACUUAAUUCCUUUCUGAAAUUAUAUAUAGUUUUUUUUUCUUCUCCUUUCUAAUUGUAAAUGACAGGUAGUUUUUAAAGAAAGGCAGUUUUAAGCAUAGGAAAGCUUGAAGAUCAUUUUAAUGGAGUAUCUAGAUUUUAGUUUUGAUUUCUUAAUUAGGGUUUAAGAAGUCUUCUUUUAGUCUGAAUUUGAUUAGAUCAUGAUAUACAGAACAGUGUUACAUGUACAAUGGAAUUAUUCUACAUCUUAAAAGAGUGUAGUAAACAACAGUUUCCUUGUAAAUAA